AUGGAGGCUAGAAGGAAGGCUCUAGUAAGCUGUUGCAAGCAGUGGUAUGUCAGAAAAGAAAUACACUGGAAGCAGAUGUCGCGUUCAAAGCAUGUGAAGGAUAUGGAUAAGAACACCAUGUACUUCCAUAACUUGGCGUCGGCGAGGAGAAGAAACAAUAGACUUGAUACACUGGUAAUUAAUGGAAGGUUGAUAAGAAAUCAAGCUCGGAUCAAGAUUGCCAUAAGAGAUUUUUAUAAAGAUCUGUAUCACCAGGAGAGAUCACCGGUUGUGGGUUUCAGGAAUGGACUGGUAAAUCGGAUUACUGAAGAAGACUCGAUAGCUCUGGAGAGAAUACCGACAAUGGAGGAGAUUAAAGAAGCUGUUUGGGAUUGUGAAUCAUCCAAGGCUCCAAGGAGUGAUGGGUAUAACAUGAAUUUCAUCAAGAAGUGCUGGGAUGAGAUUGGGGCAAAGUUCAUGGCAGCUGUUCUGGAUUUCUUUCUAUCGUCAAGAUUGCCUUCUGAUUCCAACAUUACUUGGGUGGCCCUUGCACCUAAGUUCACCGGAGCAAAGGAGAUCAAGGACCUUCGGCCUAUCAGCAUGGUAGGUUGUGUUUAUAAAGUAAUCUCCAAGGUGAUGGUUAGGAGGAUGAGAUCAGUCAUGCCAGGUCUGGUAGGAGAGACUCAGAGCACAUUUGUGAAGGAUCGGAAAAUACAUGAUGGGACUCUUAUUGCAUGUGAAACAGUGCACUGUGCUACAGAAGAUGGGCUUUGGAUGGAGAUGGAGGGAAUGGGUGAAGGAGUGUAUUGGAUGAUAGGGGAGGCAGUUAGGAACAAACGGAUUCAGCCACUGCUGAUUGGAAAGGACAAUAUAGAGUUAUCACAUCUACAAUUUGCAGAUGAUACUAUAUUAUUCUGUCCACCAGAGGAGGAGACCAUCAGAAACUAUGCCAGGUUGCUAAGAUGCUUUGAGAUGAUGUCAGGGUUAACCAUUAACUUUGAUAAAUCAAGUUUAAUCCCAAUAAAUUACGAACAGCAAUGGUCCUACAAUAUGUGCAACUUAUUAGGAUGUAAGGAGGCCAGCCUUCCAAUCAGAUAUCUUGGCAUUUCCUUAGGAGCUAAUCUUAGACUGGUUAGGACUUGGAAACCGGUAAUUGACAAGGUUGAGGAGAAGCUCAGCUUGUGGAAGGCAAAAGUACUCAAUAAAGCGGGUAAGCUUGUCCUUAUUAAAUCUAUGUUAAAUAGCAUGCCGGUGUACUACUUGAGUCUGUAUAAGAUGCCGAAGGCAGUGGCAGAAAAGUUGAUAUCGUUGCAGAGGAGAUUCCUGUGGAGCAAGGAGGAAGGUAGAAAUGGUUUGCCACUUGUUAAGUGGGAGUUGGUUCAGGCACCUAAGAAGAUGGGAGGGCUGGGGUGGGUGAUGCAGUGA